AUGGACGGAGAACAGGACGACGACGAUCUCGCCAUUCAACAUUACCGCCGUCUAAGUAAUCAAAUAUCUCCUGAUACUUACAGGGUAUACGUAUCGGAAAGCGGUGAGAUCAUUUCGUCAUACACCGAUGCGAACAACGACAUGAACUACUACAUACACUAUCCAUCCCUGCAAGAUGCUUCUCUCCCCGAGGGUAUUAAAACAGUUCGAAGAAACGAGCUACAAGAACUCGAUAGGCUUGGCCCCGACGUCGACCUUGUUGCAUAUCCAUCAUGCGCAGGUGAAUCUGCUAAAAAGGCCGUCUUCAAAUACUACUUCAUGUGGCAAUAUGCAAAGGCAUCCUGGAAAGAGAUGAAUCUAUGGAUGCGUCUCCCACGGCACCCAAACAUUGUCCCCUUUGACCGAGUCGUCAUUGAUGAGCUCGAGGGUGGCGUGGUUGGAUUCACCAACAUUUAUGUGCCUGGGGGUAAUCUUGAGGAGAACAAGUCGCGCGUUUUCAAGCUCAAGUGGCUCAGGCAGCUUAUAGAGGUCGCAGACGAAUUGAACCUUGUAUACGGUAUCUCACACCAAGACAUUGCUCCACGAAAUCUCGUGGUCGACGAGGUGACAGAUUCUAUUAUGCUCUUCGACUUUAAUUUUGCAGCUCGCAUCAACCAUCCACCUGAAGAAGGAGAGGCGUAUGUGGAGGCCCGGAAUGAUGUCAAGGGAGUGGUGUUUACUGCCUUUGAGAUUAUCACUCGGAACAACAGUGUCCGGAGUGUAUCUCACGAAGACCAAAACCUCGACGACCUCGGGUCAGAAUGGGUAAAACACCCGGAUGUGAUGCUCGACGCUCCAAUUGAAUCGUAUCAAACUUUAUUGCAAGAAUGGCAUAAGAGGAGGGCAGAACAUGUAUAUCCGCCUAAGGAUGUAAGGUCCAUUGACUGGCCGUCAAUGCCAAAACCGCCACAAAAGUCCGUUCUGGUGAGAAAGAUGAAUGGGGAGUCAUCCAAUAUUAUGAUGGAUACCUUUUUCGAGAGACGGCAGGAUGCGUGGGCUAGGGGUGAGCAGGUUGUGAGUUGGGAACGGCCACCACAGAGAGUAUUAGAUGGCGGGACUCGGGUUCUCUCUACUGGUGAGAUAAUCACCUGCUAG